ACUUUAUCUUGUUGAAGACCUUUAGAGAGCUGGAGGGGAAGUACAUGGGUUAUCUCUCAAGUCUCUUGGGGAAAAUUGUGGAGCCUGUUGGUCCCCUUGCGGAAGACCCUAUCAACGUAGAAGAUGGAGAUAGCAUCAUUGAGUGGCUUGACAAGAGAGAAAAAUCUUCUACUAUUUUUGUGUCAUUUGGUACUGAAUAUUUUCUCACUGAGAAAGAAAGAGAAGAGAUUGCUUAUGGAUUGGAGCUUAGUAAUGUCUACUUCAUUUGGGUCAUUAGGUUUCCAGUAGGAGAGAGCACUGAGCUUGAAGAGGCAUUGCCUGAGGAGUUUUUUGAAAGAGUGAGAGAUAGGGGAUUGGUCAUAGAUGGAUGGGCACCACAAGGAAAGAUUCUGGGGCAUCCAAGCAUUGGUGGGUUUGUAAGUCAUUGUGGAUGGAGCUCCAUCAUGGAGAGCAUGAAAUCCGGGGUCCCGAUCAUUGCAAUGGCGAUGCAACUUGAUCAGCCGUUAAAUGCCCGGAUGGUCAAAGAGGUCGGGGUCGGAUUGGAGGUGAAGAGAAAUAAGAGUGGAGAGCUUGAGAGAUUGGAGAUAGUGAAGGUGAUCAAAGAUGUGGUGGUGGAGAAAGAUGGAGACAGUGUGAGGAAGAAGGCAAAAGAAAUGAGUGACGGUAUUAGGAAGAAAGGAGAGGGAGAAUUAGAUGAAGUGGCUGAUGCGUUGGUCCAACUUUGUGUGGGACAUAAAGAACAAUAUGUGUCAAAACGAAGCCAUGUUAUAGGUAUUUGAAUGGGUAUGGGGUGCGUCUAUAGUCCCCUGACUGUAACCUUGCCAUUGUUAUGCUGUGCAGGUUUUUCAAUAUAUGUUGUGACUUUUUGAUUAUUUGUAUUGUAGUAGUGGCAUUCUAAUUAGAUUCUAUAAUAGCAAUGAGACAGCGGAAGAACCCAUGUUUAGAUA